AUGGCUUCUCAUUACGCCACUCGUGAAUUGCUGGAAUAUCUUCGCACCGGAUAUCCCAUUUUGCUCCUUCUGGUGUUUGUCUCGUCCUUCAUCGCCAAUUCCAUAUUAACUGCCAGAAAUGUCAGCAAGAAUUCAUCGGCCGCGCGCAUGGGGCCGGGGGGGAGACCGCUACCCAAACGAUCAAGGAGCUCGGCAACCUUCGUCAAACCGGUCCAUCCCUUUUCGCGAAAUGCCAAACUCUUGAUUAAAUGGCUCUCGGUGGUAAUACUGGCGACGCUGGUUGCUGAUGCCGCCAUCAAUGUGACCCACGUUAUGCUCGCCAGGUCCGAGCAAUGGUGGUGUGGUCAAUCUGUAGUGAUCUACAUUGUAGGGUCCUUUUUUGUCUACGCGAUCAUCUUAGUCUCGUUGCUGGAUACAAACCCCUCUCCAACAUUUGCGCAAUUUAUUCCGUGGUCAAUUGCAGUUCCUAUUGAAAUGGCUAUCUUGGGUGUCUCCCUUUCGAUUCAUGCGGAUAUUCAUCGCGAGCCCAUUGUAGGAAAUCCCGUCGGCGGCCGAUUGCGCAAGGGCAUGACGGUAUGGGAAUCGAUGGAGGUUGCGUCGAAUUGCGUCAGAAUAUUGGUCCUCGCGAUCUUGGUUGCUACCUACUUGUUCAAAACGAUGAACGUCAAGAUCAAUGCACAGAAACCUCGAGGACACGCCGACGGUGCCACGGAAUCUACGGGAUUGCUCGACCCUGCGCACGCGGAGAACGGAAACGGCAACGGCUACGGCUCCCUCCCGAACAACCAUCAGCAACAGCCCUCGAAACCUGCCGCCGAUCCCUGGGUUCGGCCCACAACCGUCCCCUCCACAAGCUGGUGGGAGUAUCUGAGCGGUUAUUCUCUAUUCUUUCCGUAUCUCUGGCCAUCCAAGUCCCGUCGUCUACAAGGCGUCGUGGUGGUCUGCUUCUUAUUGAUUAUCCUGCAGCGAGUCGUCAAUGUCCUAGUCCCCUACCAAGUGGGGGUCAUCACCAACGCAUUGUCCAAAGAUGGCGAUGAAUUUCGGGUCCCGUGGUUUGAGAUCUGUAUGUAUAUUCUCUACCGCUGGUUGCAGGGCAACCAGGGACUCAUUGGAUCGUUGCGCUCCAGUCUUUGGAUUCCUGUGAGCCAGUAUUCUUACAUGGAACUGUCGACUGCGGCGUUCGAGCAUGUGCAUGGGCUCAGUCUCGAUUUUCACCUGGGUAAGAAGACAGGCGAAGUCCUCUCCGCACUGAGUAAAGGUAGCUCCAUCAAUACGUUUUUGGAGCAAGUAACGUUUCAAGUCGUACCUAUGUUAAUCGACCUCUGCGUUGCCAUCGUAUACUUCCUCGUUGCUUUCGAUGCUUACUACGCGUUGGUUGUUACUGUCGUUACUUUUUGCUAUCUCUACGUCACCGUGCGCAUGGCGCAAUGGCGGGCGGAGAUCCGCCGGCAGAUGGUGAACGCGUCCAGGCAAGAGGAUGCCGUUAAGAACGAUUCGAUGGUGUCCUACGAGACCGUCAAGUACUUCAAUGCUGAGGAUUACGAGUUCAGUCGGUAUCGCGGUGCCGUGUCCGACUACCAAAAGGCCGAAUAUCAUGUCUUGUUCUCGCUGAAUCUCAUGAAUACAUCGCAGAACACUGUCUUCAUGCUUGGUCUGCUUAUUGCAUGCUUCAUCGCCGCAUAUCAAGUCGCGCUUGGACAGCGAGAUGUUGGCAAGUUCGUUUCUCUUCUGACGUACAUGGCCCAGCUGCAGGGACCGCUGAACUUUUUCGGUACCUUCUACCGCUCCAUUCAGUCCGCCCUGAUCAACUCCGAGCGCCUGCUGGAAUUGUUCAGGGAGCAGCCCACGGUUGUCGAUACGCCCGAAGCUACACCUUUGCCUAAAUGCAAAGGCGACAUCACGUUUGAGAAUGUUGAAUUUUCCUACGAUACCCGGAAGCCAGCCCUGAACGGGCUGACCUUCCACUGUGAGCCCGGAACGACGACUGCCCUGGUUGGUGAAUCCGGUGGUGGAAAGUCGACGGUGUUCCGACUGCUUUUCCGGUUCUAUAAUGCUGAAAACGGCCGCAUUCGAAUUGAUGACCACGACGUCACAGAUACCACGAUAGAUUCGCUCCGGAAGCACAUCGGUGUUGUACCGCAGGAUACUGUGCUUUUCAAUGAGACGUUGAUGUACAAUCUGAAAUAUGCCAACCAAGACGUCUCGAACGAAGAGGUUUACGAUGCUUGCCGGGCUGCCAGCAUCCACGACAAGAUCAUGUCGUUCCCUGACGGAUACAACACUAAGGUGGGUGAGCGUGGUCUUCGGCUCAGCGGAGGUGAGAAGCAACGGGUGGCCAUUGCCCGUACCAUCCUCAAGAACCCUCGCAUUAUUCUGUUGGAUGAAGCAACCGCCGCUCUGGAUACGGAGACGGAGGAGCAUAUCCAAGGGGCGCUCUCUACGCUCUCUCGCGGUCGUACCAUGCUUGUUAUCGCCCAUCGGCUGAGUACCAUCACUACCGCCGACCAGAUUCUGGUAUUGCAUGAGGGCAAGGUGGCUGAAAGGGGUACACACGAUCAAUUGCUGGCCCUGAAAGGCCGGUACGCGAGCAUGUGGCGGAAGCAAAUCCGGGCGCAGAGGGCCGCGGCGGAAGCCCAGGUGCUCCAAGACCGCGCGCAACGCUUGCGGAGUGCGUCCACCGCCGGCACCAUGGGAGAUGACAGCUCGAGUCAGUCUGACGAGGACCGAAAUGGCAACAUCCAUGCUCGACAGGCUCAUGGACAUUCUUCCAGUAAGCUGGCGGAUGACAGUCGGAAGGGGUAA